AUUUAUUCCGGGCGCCUGAAACCUACUUCUUUGGGUCAGUUGAUAUAAUUAAUAAAACUUGGGUUUUCCCAGUGGACCAAUAAACGAUGGUAACACGAAUUUAUCAAAAAACGCAAUAGAAACAAUAUAAAUGCUAGAAAAGGGAACCAUAAUCAAAGGAGAUAUGCUUAUUUCACCUUAUACGUAUGUCCAGUUAACUGAAAACAACAAUGGCUAAGAUAAUCAAUAUUGAAAAAUAUUGAAAGCAUCAAACCAAAACUGUAAAUCGUAAUAACAUAAAUAAUUAAUAAAAGAAACAUCGAAAUUUAUAUAUUAUAAUUAUACUAAUCAACAUCAGAAACUGAUAAAGAAUGAGUCAAAGUUUUGAAAGUUUAAUGCACGGCGAAGAAGAAGGUGGCAGAGAUGGAGGUCCUUACUCGGAACGCCAAUCCUCGGACGAUAUACAGGAGUCAACUGCAACAAUAACAACGACAACAGAGACUACAAAUGCCGGCGACGGUGGCGGUGGUGGCGGCGACGAGGAUGAUUUCACCGAUGACAACAAUUUUGAAUCGAAUUUGCGACGUCGCAAAGGCAAAAUAAUAUCCUGUGCCAAGGAAACCAUCGAGAACGCUUCCCGCCAAUUACGCCGCAAAGUGCCCUAUGCCGGUCAUUUGAUGACACCCCGACGCCUCUGGCUCAAUAAAAUUCCCACACAAUGUGACGUGGUUAUUGAAUUUCCCGAGGAUGCACCCAACGAGGCACUCCGCUGGCUCCUGGCACGCAUACGCUCCCAACCACCGGCUGGUCUGGGUCUUUUGGUCCAGGUCAAGGCGCACGAGAGCACGCGGAGAAAUGCUUUCUAUGUCAGUGCUCCCGUGAAUGUACUCUUUAGAGCCGCCGAAGAAGCCCGCCUGCCCAAGCGCCUGCGUCCCGCUGGGGGCGCCCUCAGGGAGUUUACUACCCGUGAGAGUCAUUGCUUCCAGCAGCUGCGAGGGGAUGUGGGAAGCACAGUUCUGUUCACCUCCCAAGAACGUCAGUGGUUAGUGCUCCAGGUUCUACAAGGUCUCCGAGCUGGAUGCAGUGAUAUCGAUGCACUACACGGACGGGCAGCCGUCGCCGAAGGUCAGAGCAUAAUGGCAGCCUGGCAGGAUUCGGGCCUGAUAACACAGGUUUUCCCGCUCCACGAGCCCAGUUCGUUGACACAACUUCAGACGCAUUGGGUUAAGCAGAUAUUUGCACCGCAACCAUUGGAUGACAUUGCUGCCUAUUUUGGCGUAAAGGUGGCCUUAUACUUUGCCUGGUUGGGACAUUACACCUGCGCCUUGGGCGUUCCCGCUGUAUUUGGCACAAUUCUUUACUUCAUUUUGUGGGGCAAGGGUCAAACGGCUCAGGAUAUGGGCCAUGUCCUUUUCUCUCUGUUCAAUGUGGCAUGGGCUUCACUUUACCUGGAAGCGUGGAAACGAUAUUCCGUGGAGUUGGCUUUUCGCUGGGGCACUUUAUCAACGCCACCCGAGUUGCUAGAACCACCCAGGCCCUUGUAUAAGGGUCCUUUGGUGGAGAACAAUGUUACGGGUCGCCUGGAACCCAAGGAGGCGCCUGCGUGGCAGCGUCGAGCUUUUCGCUACUUGGUUAGCUUUCCCAUCAUUGGAUGCUGUCUGUGUUUGGUCUUUGCUGUGAUGUUUCUCAUGUUGCGUUUCCAGGACUGGUGGGACUCCAAGUUGCCCGAGGAUAGUGUCUUAUGUUGUCUCAGCGUCAUACCCAAGGUUUUGCUUGCAGGAGCCAUUACCUUAAUGGACGAGGCCUACUUUAAGUUGGCCGUUUGGCUCAAUGACAAGGAAAACUAUCGCCUGCAGUCGAAAUAUGAAAAUCACUUGAUAGCAAAAGUGGCUCUUUUUCAGUUCGUGAACUCGUUUCUUUCCCUUUUCUAUAUUGCCUUUUACUUGCGCGACGAGGACAAGCUCAAAGAGCAAUUGGCUGGCUUGCUUAUCUCCCGUCAAAUCAUAGGAAACCUUCGCGAGUCGGCCAUCCCCUAUUUCGUUGAACAGUGGAAGUUAGCAAAACUGAGCUUCAAUAUGUGGGGUGCCCUGAGUCCCACCCAGAAUGUUACCCGCAGCCUGGCGGAAGAGCUGGCCACGGCGGAAGCGGAGCUGAAGGCAGAGGCCAGCGGAACGGCCACAAAGACGCAUCAGCCGGAGUCUACCAGUAACCGGAAUAUUGGCCAGGCCGAAAUCGAGAGCUCGUUGUACAAGUACGAUGGCACUUUUUCGGACCACUUGGAGAUGCUCGUGCAGAUGGGCUAUGUGGUGCUCUUUUCGGCCGCCUUUCCCUUGGCUGGAGUUUGUGCGUUGGUUAACAACCUGAUGGAGAUUCGAUCGGAUGCUUUCAAGCUGGCCCAUGUCCAUCAACGGCCAUUUGGACAACGUGUGGCUAAUAUUGGAACCUGGCAGAACGCCCUCAGCAUUCUGUCGCUCGCCGCUGUUAUCGUGAACUGCGCCUUAAUUGGCCUCUCUGGGCAGGUGUCCAGGCUAUGGCCAGGUUUGACGACAGCGCAGACCAUCAUUUUGAUUGUCACCCUGGAGCAUAUUAUGUUGGGUCUGCGGCAAGCUCUCACCUGGCUCCUGCCAGAGUUACCUUCCUGGCUGGCUGCGGAAAUCGCACGGGCCGAGCACUGUCGCCGGGAAAUGCAGUGCAAGGGUACAUCACCACGACCCACCCCACCCACCCCACAGUCGACCACAUCCACGCAGGAACAGGAAGGUGGAGUGCCAGCGGAGAGUGGCGCAAAUAGCACCAGAGAUCAGUCCAUGGAAAGUCAGGUGGCCGAGGACAUGUUGCUCUAUGGACAGGAGUUUGCCGGCUACGGCCGCAACAUCGAGGCAGAUGUCAAUAUUUAUGAGAAUCGCGAUUCAUCACCUGAUUCGCCGCCCUCGCAAACAAGCACUAUACUCAUUAGGCCUUUGCAUGAGUCAACGCCACCGCAAGGCGGUGCCUCCCUCACCAGCUUACAUCAGGACGGUAAUGGCGGAGCUUCUGCCAGCACGCAAGCGCUGAACGCUGCCUCAUAUGCUGCCCGUCUGCAGUCGAUGCAUAUUCAAGAAAUACCGCCAUUCCGAAAGAAAUCCACCGAUUCUCCUGAUCAUACUGGGAGCAGUACCAGCAGCAGUCCCCAGAGGACCACUAUGCGACAACUAUCGGCGCAAAGGGAGCCCCAGCAAACGAUCCCAGAGAUACCACCUUACAAGACGCGCAAGAUAUCUGCGGAGAGUGCUAUGCAUCUUAAUACGAGCGACAAGCUACACAUAAAGCUUCACGCACCAGAAUGGAUGUCACGUUUAAAAGUCAACGACAAUGUCAAUCUGCAUAGAAGCAUAGAUUGCAUUGCAAAGGAGCUCGGCAACACGUCUGGUCCCACGGACAUUCUAAAGCCAGCUCCAUCGUGGUGCAAUGUGGCCAUGAAGUCCGGCGCAACUGGAAUACCACCAUCGCAGCAGCAAAUAGUCGCUUCCUCGUCAUCAUCAUCGGGAGGAGGUGGCAGUGUCUUUAGUCCCAGUGGAGCUGGACCUACUGGAGCUGCUGGUGGAGGCCUUCCCAGUUCCCAGUCAAGGCCCAGUGUCGGUGCCCUGUCCAAUUCCUCAUCCAGUUCUUCACAUAAGCAGCAACAAAAGCUGGCCAAGGAAGAGAAAGAGCGUGAGAAGGAAAAGGAGAAGGAAAAAGCUAAGGAAAAGGAAGGAAAAGAAAAGGAAAAGGAGGCACAGGCACAGGCAGCAUCCACAUCAGCGGGAAAUACAGAUGACGAAGCUAAGGCCGCUGAAUUAGCUGCUAAAAAAUCGCGACUUAAGCAGAAGCUGGUCAAGAGUGCUAGGUCUGUGGCUAUAUUCUCACUCAAAUUGAAGGAGCGAAGACAACGAGAGGCUGAGAAGGCAGCCACCAUAGCUGUAGAGCAUGCCAAGGCUCUGGCCAAGCUGCCUAUGCCUCAGCCAGUGGGCGGUGAAUUGUCCCUGAUACCCAUCGAGCAACUAAUACAAAUUGAGGACAUCAAGCCUUCACUCAAACCUACAACGACAUCGGGAACGACAGGACCAACAUCUUCCAGUCAAGCCGGAUCUUCUAUGUACCACCAACAGCAGUAUCAACAGCAGUAUCAGUAUCCGCCUUCACAAGCACAUCCGAACACGGACAAUUAAGCUUACAACACACACAGAUUUCGCACACUUUGUAAAUAGUUUUCAAUACACUCCCCCACUCUCCACCCCAUUCAGUCGCAACUCGACUUUUUCGAAGUUACUGAUGAUCAUAGGUAUAUGAGCAAAUUUGCUGAAUGUGUGUCUUGUCCAGAGUUGGAAGCAACUAAUUUAUUACAUUUUAGACUAGCAGUAGGUGAAUUAAGUUACUCAAUUGACAAGUGUUAAAUGUUUUUUGUAUAUUAAUUAUGUUCCAAUUUGAGCCAGUUUUGUAUGGAUAAAAUUUAAAGUAUCGUCUUUUGAGAAUCUAAUAGACUUUCAUAUACAAAACUGCAUAAUGCAAAGAUGAUGAUAAUCCCGGGUAUUCAGCAUUAGAUGUUUUGCAUCUGAAUUAACACAGCUGAAAAAUAGUCCUUAAGGCUAGUGCUCAGAUCGAUGAGAAGAAAUGAUUAAAUUAAGGUAUUCAAGGAAAACUAUAAUCAAUGACAUUGGCCGAACUCUGGUUUUAUUUUCCUACAUUAGCUAAAGCCUAAUGAACACAAACUUACGAAUGAUUACUAUAUUAAUAAGAUACAUUAUUUGUUAAAAAUAGGUUGCAGGAUUUAUUAAUAUUAUUAACCCAAGCUGACUUUGGUUCAUGUGGUAAAAGACCUCAGUUUAGAUUAUAUGCAGUUUCUUUCAAUAAAGAAUUUAGUAUUCUUUGUUUGGGGAGAUAUUUCUUUCUAAUUUUUAUAAAUGCAGAUAUGAGUCUUAUUUUUAAAUACCCAAAUUUUGACAAUCGAAUUUGAUUAACAAUUGCAAACACAUUUUUUCAAAAAGAAAUAAGGCCUUGUAUAUUGUUUUUAAGAAAACUUCAUGUUUUAUGAGUAAUAAUUUAUUUAAAAUAAGAUUAGUUUGUCAACAAACAACUGACUGAGCAGCAAGAUGUUAACUUUCUCUGCUGGCAAACAAGUGUCGAUCUGAGUACUAGUCUUUAACCAAAAUGCUAUAUAUUAACAGUUUAGACAGAAAAGUUGUGAAACGAAUUUUUGGUUAGCAUAUUAGAAGUUAAUGUGUUUUUGGUAGUAAUUGUUGUUUAGAGAUUAGGCCUAAAACAAAUUUGUUGACAAAUGUUGAAAUAGUUACAUUUUAUAUUUACGUUGCCAGUGAGUAUGCAUAAUAUAUUAAUUACGCAAUAAAAAAUAAACUCUCACAUGCAAAACAAACGUAAGCCAUUACACGAUCAAAGACAAACACUGUGAGAAAGUAUCGUCCAUUGUUCCUUCCAUAUACAAGGAUAACGUCUUCGCACUCGCUUUUAGCUACGAUAAACCAGUUCAAAUAAAAACCGAGAAUAAUUUAGGAACUGCAGCUUAACCUCAACGAAGCAAAACAGAUAUUUUCAAUCGUUUUACUAAGUACUCGCUUGAUCAACGAACUUUCACCGUUUACACGUAAACAUUGCUGCACUCAAAAACUCACGAAAUUGAUAUUUGUAAAUAUAUUUAAGAUAAUAAGUGUAAUUGAAUAGAUGUACGCAGGGUACACUAACGUAAUUAUAAGUGUGCUCUUGUGUUAAAAAAAAGCCCAAAGUAAAGCAAUUAAUUACAAAUUUAAA